AUGCGCAUCAUCAAGCCGUCAUGGCUGAGCCAUAGAGGCGAACACAAGGACUUUGAGGUUUACAGCUGUCACGUAUCCCCGGAUGGAAAGAGGCUGGCCACCGCCGGCGGAGAUGGCCACGUUCGCGUCUGGUCGACCGAGUCGGUAUACAACGCCCACGACCGCAGCUAUUCCAAGCCGCGCCAGCUAUGUCACAUGAGCCAUCACCUCGGCACCAUCCACUCGGUGCGCUUCUCCCCCAACGGCCGCUAUCUGGCCUCGGGCGCCGACGAUAAGAUCAUCUGCAUCUACCAGCUCGAGAGCGGGCCCCCGACCAUCGCCAGCUUCGGCACCAACGAGCCGCCCCCCGUCGAGAACUGGAAGACGUCGCGCCGCCUCGUCGGCCACGAGAACGACGUCCAGGACCUGGCCUGGUCCUACGACGGCUCCAUCCUCGUCUCCGUCGGCCUCGACUCCAAGAUCGUCAUCUGGUCCGGCCACACGUUUGAGAAGCUUAAGGUGCUCUCCGGCCACCAGAGCCACGUCAAGGGCAUCACCUUUGACCCGGCCAACAAGUUCUUCGCCACCGCCAGCGACGACCGGACCAUCAAGAUCUUCCGCUUCACCUCCCCCGCCGCCAACGCCACCCAGCACGACAUGGUCAACAACUUCCAGCUCGAGACCACCAUCAGCGCCCCCUUCAAGUCCUCGCCCCUGACCACCUACUUCCGCCGGUGCUCAUGGUCGCCCGAUGGUAACCACAUCGCCGCCGCCAACGCUGUCAAUGGCCCUGUCAGCUCCGUCGCCAUUAUCGAGCGCUCCCGGUGGGAUAGCGAGAUCAACCUGAUCGGCCACGAGGGCCCCACCGAGGUCUGCAUGUUCUCCCCGCGCCUGUUUCACACCGAGAAGCCCCCCGAGCACGGCGGCCUGACCAAUGGCCAUUCCGCCGGCUCCCUCGUUACCGUCAUAGCCUCCGCCGGCCAGGACAAGACCCUGAGUAUCUGGAACACCAAUUCCUCCCGGCCCGUGGUCAUCCUGCAAGAUCUCGCCGCCAAAUCCAUCGCCGAUCUGGCUUGGACCCCGGAUGGCCAGACCCUCUUCGCUGCCAGUCUCGACGGCGGCAUCAUCUGCACGACUUUUGAGACGGGCGAACUCGGCUGGGUAGCAAACCUCGAGGAGACGGACAAGGCCCUGUCCAAGUACGGCGCUUCGCGGAAGGCCAUGGGAAUUGCCGAAGAUGUAGACGGCCUCCUCCUCGAGAACCACGCAAAGGAGGGCGAGAGGAGAGGCGCGGAAUCGAGAAUGGGUGCCCUCAUGGGCGAUCACCACGCGGUAUCCAAGGACCUGGCGGCCCCGGCGGCCCCGGCGGCCAACGGCGUGAAAACGGGGACGGCCACACCCAACAACGCCCCCACGCCUAAUGGACAGCUAGAGUCCGAGGCCUCCAAGGAACCGGAGAAGGAGCCGGAGAAGGCCCCAGAGCCUGCACAAGAGACUGCCGACACGGCGGUGAAGAGGGUGAACGAGCUAAAAGCACGCGUAACCAUCGGGAAGGAUGGCAAGAAGAGGGUGGCCCCCAUGCUCAUAUCCUCGUCCGGGACCGGGCAGUCCUCACUCCCCCAGACGCAACUCGUAGGGGCCAGCGCAACGAAGGCCGCCCAGAACGAUGCGCCCCAGACCAUCCUAGAUCUCUCGAAACCCUACGACGGCCUUCCCGAGGGAGGGCUAGCCUCGAUGCUCUUGGGCAACAAGCGCAAAGCUGCCGCCCUUGACGAGGAUGACGAGGAGCAUACUGGUAGACGCUCAACCACUGCACCGCGCGCCAUUGUGCGGAACGGUGUGGAUGGCCUGGAGUCUGCGUCCGUCGAGCCUCCUCGGCAUGGUGUCGUGCCCACGCCCGAAUUCCUGCGACCCGCCGUCCUCAAUCCCUCGAUAGCUAUUUCCCAAGUUCGCCUUGCCGUACCAAAGGUGAGAUCCCACAUCCUCAGGCCUUUGGAAAGAGGCGUCCUACUCGACGACACCACGCUCGAGGAAGCAUCCAAGGUGCCGGAGAACAUUAUCAUGGACGCCAAGAACCCGGUAUCGAUACGAGAUCCCUCGCACAUCACCGUCUCCAAACGUGGCGCUGUCUUGUGGCAGGACUUCCUCCCCCGAGCGGUCAUUCUGGUCACGGGCAGCAAGAACUUCUGGGCUGCCGGGUGUGAGGAUGGCACCAUAUACACGUGGACGCCGGCCGGCCGGAGACUCAUCAAUGCUAUGGUCCUCGAAUCCCAGCCAGUCAUCCUGGAAUGCCGGGACUGGUGGCUGCUCUGCGUCACGGCAGUCGGCAUGUGCCAUGUCUGGAAUAUCAAAACUCUCUCGUCGCCUCACCCACCCAUCUCUCUGGCUCCCGUGCUUGAGAUCGCUAUCCACUCGCUACAGCCGCACGCAGCCAUGCCGGCCCCAGGUGUGACAUCGGCGCACCUGAACUCCAAUGGUCACAUUGUCGUGACUCUCACGAACGGAGAUGGUUUUUACUACUCUCCAGACAUGCACUCGUGGCAAAAACUAUCCGAGGCCUGGUGGGCGGUAGGCAGUCAGUACUGGAACAGCAACGAUUCGUCAGUCGGCGCCUUGCAGUCGAGUGCGGUCGGGCCCAGUACGGGCACAUCAAAGAAGAGCAAGGACGAAGAGGCUUUGGUGUCGGCCGGCAUCAUCCCCUUCCUAGAGCGGCACACCACCAAUGAGUUCCUGCUCAAGGGCAGGGCUUACACGCUACAGCGACUCAUCAAGGCAUUGCUGUCCAAGGACGGGUUCGAGGCAUUUGAGUCCACCGUGAGCAUCGCCCACCUGGAGAACCGCAUCGCCGGUGCCCUGCAGCUGUCGGCGAGAGACGAGUUCAGGCUAUACCUCUUCAUGUAUGCCAAGCGUAUCGGGGCGGAAGGGCUGAGGGGAAAGGUGGAGGAACUGCUGAACAGCCUCCUGGGCGGCGUGCUGCAGGACAAGAAGGUGGUAGAGAGCGAACAAGCAAGAGGCUGGUUCAGCAAGGAGGGGGAAAUCUGUGGAUGGGAUCGAAAGGAGUUGCUGAAAGGCGUGGUCAUGAUCCUCGGCAAGUACAGAGAAUUGCAGCGGCUAACGGUGCAAUACGCGCGGGUGCUUGAUCUCACUCUGGAGGAUGACGAGAACGGGGACGCCAUGAUUGUGGAGGCUUAG